GAUUGGUAUAUUCUCUUUGGAUGACAGCAAAUUGGUGGGAAUGGGAAAUUGUGAUAAAAUAACAAACAAAUAAUAUUAUGUACAGUAAUGUAUAAUUAUGUUUUAAUAAAAACCAUUAAACUCUGAAUUAUAAAUAUGGCUUCAAAAAAGAAUUUGACUCUCAGUAAACAGAGUUCCAUUAGUGACUUCAUAAAAAAAUCUAACCAAGACUCAAAAAAAGCGCCUGGAAAAGCUGACUACACUAAUCAAAGUACGGAAAAGCGUUCAAAAUUCAUCUUUAAAACUAAAUCAUCAAGUGCCACUUUUACUCCACCUUACAAAGGCACUUCAACAACAGAUAAUAAGCUUCUUGCUGGAUCCAGCGAUGUGAAUACGCCCAAUUUUUUAGUUGAAUCAUCACCAUACUCAACAAAAAUUACAAAUAGACCAAUCAGAACAGUGAAAAGUAGCAAUCAAAUGGGUGAAAAUGAAAGUGACGAUUUGUUUGAUGCUAUGGAUGUGGACGACUUGACUGAUCAAGCCCUAGCAACUAGAGAAAACUGCAAGACACCACCUUCUUCUGGAAUAAAUAGUAUGUCUAUAACUAUAAAUUCUACACCAAGCCCCUCCAAAGGUGACUCAAAUUCACCAAGAGUCAAAAAUCAUAAAACACCUGAAAAGUCAAGUCCCAAGGACAAAGACCCUUUGAAGAAUUUGCAUUUAGACAGUUCCAUAUCUGGAUUUCUAUCAAAAAUAUCGCAACACCAUCUUUUGAAGAAGUAUGAUAAAGAUAAGAAAUUUUCAGCCGAAGAAAUGGAUGAGUGUAGUAAAAUGUACAUAGAAGUACUGGAAAAAAUUAGCGAUGCAUUCAACAGAAUACCUAACUGUAUCAAAGAAAAGUUCCCUGGUUAUGACAAACAUACAUACAGCAAAAUGAACCAUUUGAAAGUUAAACUUAAAACAUUAUUACAAAAUAAUACUAGUAAUAAGAAUAAUAAACAUAGUAAAAAUGAAAAUAAUUCUGAAAAUAAGUUUGUUAGUAAUUUAAAUGAUAGUCAGGAUACACAAGAUAUGUCAACUCUCUGUGAUGAAGAUGAUGACUUUUAUACUAAAUAUACCAAAAAAUCUGUUGAAAAAACUAGAGAAAAUAAUCCAAACACGUCUACACCUACUACUAAUAAUUUAACAUUGAAUAAAUUGCAACCAAAUAAAACAAUUUAUUCAGAUAAUUUAGCUAAAAAGUUCUCACUAUCAUUAAACAAUACAUUUUCCCCAUGCAAUGGUUCAACAAAUAUUAUAGAUUCUCCAAUUCAAUCUGAUACAGACUUAGAUAUAUCUGAUACUAAUAAUAAAAAGGGCAAAGGAAAAUUCGUUUUCAAGAGACCGUCAAGAUUAACUGUAAAUGAUUCCAAUAAUUCUAAUGAUUCCAUACAAGUGCCUUCGAGUACGCUAGAAAGGGUGAAAAUUGCAUCGGAAAGGUUACAACCGUUGCGGAAUGAAAUACCGGCAAAGGUUACGCCAUUACCAAGUAGUUCUUUGCACUUUCAAGCACCCAUUUUGAGCAAAUCUUCAAUGCAAUUCAAUGAAGACGAAAUCCAAAGAGAGAGUCCAAAUGAAGACUCUGAGGAUAUAUUAGAUAACUAUGAAGUGCCUCUAAACUUGGACGAUGAUACGGAUAUUUUUCCCGAAAAUUACAAUGAAAGUGCUGUCACUGUGGAUGACUCCAUACCAAGCACUAGCACCAAUCAUAUUGGUUCUAGUAACAAAGAAUUCAAAAUUGAUGAUGAAGGUUUUCCAGAGUACAAUCCAGAAGAUUUUGAAGAUGACAUAGUUUGUAUGACCAAAGAGACUGAGGAGGUGAAUUUAGGAGAUCAGACCAUUCAUACGAACAAAAAAUAUGAGGGUAUGGGCAACUUUCACGCGGGAACUCAAAAUGAUGGAAUAACAGGUGAAUUUGACGGUCUGAACUACCCUCAUUCCGCUCCUAUGAUGGAAACGUUCAAGGAGAAGUUUGGGCUCAAGUCCUUCCGCCCCAAUCAGCUGCAAGUGAUCAACGCCACUCUGCUGGGCCACGACUGCUUCGUGCUGAUGCCUACUGGCGGCGGCAAGUCGCUGUGUUACCAGCUGCCAGCGCUGCUGACCCCCGGCGUGACGAUCGUCAUCUCGCCGCUCAAGUCGCUCAUCUUGGACCAAGUCAACAAACUCCUGUCGCUUGAUAUCUCGGCCGCCCACUUGUCCGGCAGUGUGUCGUUAGCCGAAGCGGACGAAGUCUACCACAAGCUGUGUAUGAAGGAACCGCUCAUCAAACUGCUGUACGUCACUCCGGAGAAGAUCAGCGGCUCGCCCAAGUUCCAGGAUAUGCUGGACAUGCUGUACUCCAGAGACAAGAUAGCGAGGUUUGUAGUGGACGAAGCGCACUGUGUGUCGCAGUGGGGCCACGACUUCCGACCCGAUUACAAGCGGCUGCACAUGUUAAGAGACCGCUUCCCGAAAACCACCAUCAUGGCGCUCACUGCUACGGCCACGCCUAGAGUGCGACUGGAUAUCCUGCAUCAGCUCAAGGUGAAGGAUUGCAAAUGGUUUCUCUGCAGCUUCAACCGGCCCAACCUCGCCUACCGGAUACUUGAGAAGAAGCCCAAGUCUGUCAAUCAGGAUGUCGCUAACAUUAUAAAGCAGAAGUUUUUCAGGGAAUCCGGCAUAGUCUACUGCCUGUCACGUAAGGAGUGCGAGAGUCUGGCGCUGGAUUUGCGCAAGACUGGCAUCCAGGCGGCGGCGUACCAUGCUGGUCUGGCGGACAAGAAACGCGAGGAGGUCCAAACCGGCUGGCUGGCCGACCGGUACAAAGUGAUCUGCGCGACGAUCGCGUUCGGCAUGGGCGUGGAUAAGGCCGACGUGCGCUAUGUUAUCCACCACAGCAUGCCCAAGUCUGUGGAGGGCUACUACCAAGAGGCGGGACGUGCCGGCCGAGACGGCGAGACUGCCACCUGCUUUCUGUACUACAGCUACGGGGACGUGGUGCGCUACCGGCGACUGUUAGACAUGGAGCGCAAUACGACAGCCGACGCGCGGCGAGUGCACGAGGAAAACCUGCUGCGUAUGGUGGAGGUGUGUGAGAGCGUGACGGAGUGUCGGCGCGCGCAGGUGCUCGCGUACUUGGGCGAGCGCUUCCCGAAGGAGCAGUGCCGCGCCAACCGCCUCACCGCCUGCGACAGCUGCCUCAACGACCACGACUACAAGCCAGUGGACGUAACGGACGACUGCAAGAUGAUCGUGAGGUGUAUCCGUGACAUGGGCCGCUCGUCCUUCACACUACUGCACAUAGCGGAGGCGCUGCGGGGCUCCAACGCGCAACGCCUCGCCGCGCUCCAAAAGAAUCCAAUACAUGGACGAUGCAAGUCCUGGCCCCGCGGUGACGCGCAGCGGCUCCUGCGUCAGAUGAUCGUGCGACAGCUGCUGGCCGAGAGACUUGUCGUCAACAACGACAUCGCCAGCGCGUACGUCACUCUUGGACCCUGCGUCGACAAGCUAAUGUCAGGCAAGCUGCGCAUCGUGUUCCCAAUGAAGGUGGAACGCAAGGCGGCAUUAGUCAGUACUGUGACCCCGGCACAGACAAACGACUCUCACAUCGGCGCACUUAUCAAGAGCCUCGAAGAUCGUUGCUACGCUGACCUCGUGGAAGCUUGCAGGGAGAUGGCAUCAUCUCGCGGCGCGUCUCUCGGCGCCCUGUUCCCGCAGGCCGCUCUACGCGCCAUGGCCAGCAGUCUGCCCGACAACCCCGCGGCCAUGCUAGCCCUGCCGCACGUCACGCGGGCCAACUACGAGAAGUACGCGGUGCGGCUGCUGGAGAUCACCUCUGCGUACGCGGUCGAGAAGAUGGGUCUCCUGAUGCAAUACGAGGAUGAGCUCGAAGAGAAGAAGACUGCGGUAAAGGAGGACGACUUUGAGGAGCAACACAGUGACUCUGAAACUGACUGGGGCAGCCUCGCUCACGGCGCGCAGAGCGAUCGCUCCACCAACAGCAGCUUCCGAGGGAGGAAGACCUUCCGCGGCGGAGUCAGGAAACGCUAUAAGCGUAAAGGCGGGUCGGCUGCCAAAACGAAAGCGGCACGCGGAGCCUACGCCGCGCGCGGCCGCGGUCGGGGACAGGCGUCCACGCGCGCCAAACCAGCUGUAAGUACAAGUGGAAAUACUUUAGGGACCAUGCCGAUGCCUCGCGCCAACAGCGCAGCUCUGAACACCAGGCCCGGUGUCUUCAAACCCUCCAGACUGAAUCUGAUAUAGACCAUAAUAGCGUUAUUAACGCACUAGAGCUAUUAAACAAGUACAGUGAUAAUAUAUUGAUCCAUCGCGCCAAACAUGAAAUCCGGUGUCCUCAAUCCCUCUGGAAAUCUAGAUUGAGCCUGAUAUAAAUCAUUUACCAUAAUAGCGUAACUAUCGCACUAGGGAUAUUGAACAAGUACAGUGGUAUACAUUGAUGCCUUGCGCCAAACACGAGACCCGGUGUCUUCAAACCCUCUAGACUGAACCUGAUAUAGACAGUUCACCAUAAUAACGAGAACCAGAACGGCUGUUGCGGGCGUUGGUGGCACGGGUUGCGUGACGGAAAUCAACGAUAUCUAGCGAAAAGGCGUGGAAGGAGCGAUGUACUCUUCAUAAUGACGUCAUAAGGAAAUAUAAUAGAAAUUUUAUUUCAAGGUGAAAUUUUAAUAUUAUGUGAGAACAAGUACAAGUAGUGGAUAUGUUGAUGCCUUACGACAAUAAUGCAGUUUUGAAUACGAGGCCCGACAUCUCCAAAUCCUCCAGACUGAACCUGAUAUAGACCUGAAUAGCGUCAUUAUCGCACAAGUGCCAUUAUAAUUUAUUGAAAUAUUUUUCAUAUCUCUAUCUCGAGAAUCUGCAUUUGCAUUUUUUUGUGAUUUGUGUGAAAAAAUGUGAAUUAGUGUGAAAAUAAAGGAAUAACUAAUAAAAAUGUAAAUUAACAAUAGCUUGCGUUAUUGUAAAGGUGGGUAUGAGUAUCAGACCACACUGUGAUAAAUUAUUAAGUUUCAAAAUGUUUUUAAUGUUUAUUUAUUACUUACUGUCUAAUUUCUUUAUAUGUAAAAUUCAUGAUGUUUGGUUAAUAGUAAGUAAUUAUAAUAAGUAUUAAAUAGUGAAUGUAAAUAAAUUAUUACUUUCCUAUA